GGAGUAAGGAAGCUAAAAGAGUUGUUGCAUGCAUGGGGAGCCAGAGAAUAAUAGGAGGAGGACUUGGUUUAUCUGAGGCAGGGCCUUCAACUCACCACCAUCACCAUGUCCCUUCUUAUGGUGUUCUUCAUGGAAUUAAUACUGCUAAUCCAUCAACCUUAAUUAAUGAAGGACAUGCUUUUAACUUUGGAGAGUUGGAAGAGGCAAUAGUGCUGCAAGGAGUAAAGGCAAGAAAUGAUGAAGGCAAAGCACCUUUAUUCACAACAGCACCCAGACCUGCAGCUACACUAGAAAUGUUCCCUUCAUGGCCAAUCAGAUUUCACCAAACCUCAAGGGGAGGUUCAAAAUCAGGAGGAGAAAGCACUGAUUCAGCACUUUCAACAAAAACUGAGCCACCCUUCGAAGCAGAAUCUCCAAUGAGUAAAAAGGCAACAACACCUUCUUCUUUAGAUCAUCAGCACCAGCUUCAACAUGAUCAUCAUGAUGCCUCAAGAAUAGUAGGCCCUUCUUCAUCACCACAGAAUCAAUCACAAGCCAAAUCACCUCAUGAAAAGAGGAAGGGAGCUGGUUCCACAUCAGAGAAACCACUUGAUGCAAAGACAUUGAGACGUUUGGCUCAAAACAGAGAGGCAGCAAGAAAAAGCCGUCUAAGGAAAAAGGCUUAUGUGCAGCAAUUAGAGUCAAGUAGAUUAAAGCUUACACAACUUGAACAAGACCUUCAAAGGGCUCGUUCUCAGGGACUAUUCAUGGAUUGUGGUGGUGUUGGAGGCAAUCUAAGCUCUGGAGGUGCGAUGUUUGACCUGGAAUACGGAAGGUGGUUGGAGGAAGAGCAGCGGCUGAUGGGGGAGCUCCGGAACGGGGUGCAGGCGGCGGUGUCGGAGGGGGAAAUGAGAGGGAUAGUGGAUGGAUAUUUGUCCCAUUACGAUGAGCUGUUCAGGCUGAAGAGUGUGGCAGCGAAAUCAGAUGUUUUCCAUCUCAUCAAUGGCAUGUGGACCUCCCAAGCUGAACGCUGCUUCCUCUGGAUCGGUGGUUUCAAGCCCUCCGACCUCAUCACGAUGUUGAUACAACAGUUGGAGCCACUGGCGGAGCAACAGAUAAUGGGAAUGUAUGGCCUGCGCCAUUCCUCACAGCAAGCGGAGGACGCUCUCUCUCAAGGCCUUGACCAGCUCCAGCAGUCUCUCGUCGACACCAUCGCCGGCGGCCCCAUUGUCGACGGCGUCCAACAGAUGGUUGUUGCCAUGGGCAAGCUUGCCAAUCUUGAAGGCUUUGUUCGCCAGGCUGAUAAUUUGAGGCAGCAAACACUUCAUCAAUUAUGUCGGUUACUAACAGUUCGUCAAGCAGCACGGUGUUUUAUUGUCAUUGGAGAAUAUUAUGGACGCCUUCGCGCCCUUAGUUCUCUUUGGACAUCAAGACCACGAGAGACGUUGAUGAGCGAUGAUAACUCAUGCCAAACAACCACUGACUUGCAAAUGGUGCAUCCUUCUCAUCAUCAGAAUCACUUCCCCAGCUUCUAAUGGAUCCAUGCAUGGCCUAAAAGCUGCUGUUAAUUACAAGUGGGGUAUUUCCUUUUAGGGCUGCUUUAGAAUGAACGUGUCAUCAUCAUCAUCAUCAUCUACUAGAAGAGAAUAUAUCUAUAUAUAAUAUAAAUAUUUAUUUAUUUUUCUCUCUUUCAAUCUUCUCUUCUGCGCCCAUGCGUGCAUUUGUGUCUUUAUAUUUUAAUUUUAAUGUAAAUGUAAAUCGAGUUUAUUUAUUUUAUGUGAAAGAUGAGGGAGCAACUUUAGUAGCUACAUAGAAUUAGAGUGAAAAAAAAAAGUUCAUGAAAAUGAAAAGGUGCUUUAAUUUGAGGUCAUAUACAUAAAGUGGAUCCAUUAAAAAGUA